AUGAGUCAUCCAUUGGAGAGUCCUUGGACAUUUUACAUCUACUCAUCAAAUAAGGGUCAGAGAGCCGAGCAAGACUAUCUAAAGUGCAUUACGAAAAUUGCAAAAGUAAAUACAGUUGAAGAGUUUUGGGCUGUUUAUUCUCAUACAAUUCCACCAUCAAAACUCAAACAAAAUUUUGCUCUUCACUUCUUCAGAGGAGAUUCAAGAGCCGUUAGAGAAGAUGAAGAAAAUCAAAAUGGCGGAACAUUCUUUGUCAAAUUACUCAAAAACCAUGCCUCGCAGGAAUGGGAGAAGCUUCUUCUUGAUUUUAUUAGCGAAAAUAUCCAUAAGGACGUAAUAGGAGCUGUUGUUUCUGUCCGUAUUGAUAGUGAAAGACUCCUUAUCUGGAAUAAGACAUCAUCAGACCCAUCCCUUCGCUUAGAAAUUGCUAACCAGCUCGCAAAAUGCUUAAAUCUCCCAUUCAAGAGCAAAAUUGAGUACUUGGCACACCAACGUAUUGGAAACUCAAAGCCAAUCAUAUACACAAUCGAAGCUGAAGGCGCUGUAGAGCAACACAGCAACAACAAUAAAUAA